GACCAAUCGUAUUGCGGUGAAAAGUGGGAGUGGGAAAAAGUACAUUUGUCAAUUUUACUGGAGGUUUUCCUAAAACAUCGUCAUGUACCAGCCGCCUUUGCCACCGACUCCAGUCCAGCCACCCCCUCCCCCGCCCCCACCUCCACCAGAAGAAGAUCUAUCUCCGCCGGGAGUAGGUGUUUCCUCGCACAACUAUUCGUCAAAUGAAUCGCAUUCUCACAGCUCGAAGCCUUUGGAUUACGUCUAUCCGGAGACACCGGCUCCAUAUGCCAGCUUCGUCCCCAGCUAUGAUCAGUACCAGCAACCAGCACCGUACGGCUACGAGGGAUAUGUUUAUAACGAACCAGCACAGAAGUACGGUGGCCAGGAGCCCCCUUACCAAUACCAAUACCCGGCAUCCGGAUCAUCCUUCCCAUAUGAAAGCUAUAAAUAUCCUGACCGCUAUCCAGCCUACGCGUCCAACUACCGACAUCCAUCCGAAAGGCAGAGGUACAAUUCCCAUAGCUCCAGUCAAGGCUACCACCAUUAUCCUGGCUAUAGCUCGGGAAGACGGUACGAACAGAGACAUGAUCAGGAACACCGUCAUAUUCAGGAGACCCGAUAUACCCACGAGCCACGACACGGACACUAUGCCCACAGGCCGCCAAAAGGGUCACAACACGGCUACUAUGGGUCCGCCAGGAACCCGGCUAGUGAGGAGUAUUCCCAACGCAGCUAUCACGAGAGGGUGAAAAGUGAGCCCUUAGAGAAGACUAGGGCCAAACCGAAGGUGGAGACCGAAAGGGACCGUCUGCUGAAACAGUGGUGUUCUAACUUCUGUGAAAAACCGGAGGACUAUGUGAAAAAGAUGAACGCCCUCAGUGAGGCGGAUGCUCAAGUCGAAUCCUGGGUGCGAUCUUCGCCAGCGGAGCUCUACUACGAGCGCACCAAGAGUGAAAACGAGGUCAGCGGUCGGGCGCGACUGCAAAAGCUGUGCAACCUGUUCGAAGAGGAGCUGCUGCGGAGAGCGGAGCGCGUGCGCGAGAAGCUACCCGUUUACGUGCCGCCUCCAAGAAAGGCUCGCCGGCGUGUUUGCAAGCACAAGCACAAGUCGGAGGCCUGCUCUUCGUCCUCCUCCUCCGAUGACGACUCCGACGAAGACGCUUUUAAGAUCGAACAGGACUGCUGCAUGGAGGAGCUUUCGCGCAAGGUGCAACACCCACAGCGUGUGCACGCAGAUCUUUGGCACAACGACGCCGGUGAGAUGAACGACGGUCCUCUAUGCCGCUGUUCAGCCAAGUCUCGGCGCAUUGGCAUUCGGCACGGCAUAUAUCCGGGCGAGACUGGCUACAAGGUGUGCGAUCCAAACAGCAACAAUGCAGGCAAGCUGUUCCACUACAGGAUCAGCAUCUCACCGCCCACUAAUUUUCUGACAAAGACACCAACCAUUAUCAAGCAUGAUGAGCACGAGUUCCUAUUCGAGGGCUUCUCACUUCUCUCGCAUGUACGCCUCACCGAUCUCCCCGUCUGCAAGGUGAUCCGCUUCAACAUCGAGUACACCAUUGAGUACGAUGAGGAGAAGAUGCCAGAGAACUUCACUAUCCAUGAGCUUGACCUUUUCUUCAAAUACCUGUUUCAUGAACUGCUGGAACUGGUGGACUUUAAUCUAAUGCCCAACUUAGCGUCCGGAAGCGUCGAGGAAUCCUGCCCAGCCUUCCACUUCUUUCCGCGUUUCGUCCGAGACCUCCCAGAUAAUGGAAAGGAGGUUUUGGCCAUGGUCGAAGUACUCCGCUACUUGCUGGACAAUUCCGCACAGCUAGUGGAACGUCAGCAGCUGCUGCAUCUUAACCAGAUUAGUCAGAGCGAGUGGCAAAACUACGUGGACUUCAUAAAGGGAAUGCUGGUCACAAAGCCGGGUUAUAAGCCGUGUUCGCUCCGUGUUGACCAACUGGACAGGAAUAACUCCGAUUUGCCCGAGUGCGUAGAUCGCGAGACUGGAAUCUCACACCCGGCGAUCGUGCACUUCGGCAUUCGUCCGCCGCAGCUAAGCUACGCGGGAAAUCCAGAGUACCAGAAAGCGUGGCGAGAGUACGUUAAGUUCCGUCAUCUUAUGGCCAACAUGUCGAAGCCCUCUUUCAAGGACAAGCGCAAGUUAGAGGAGAAGGAGCAGCGCCUUCAGGAAAUGCGAACUCAAGGGCGCAUGAAACGUAAUAUCACUGUGGCGAUCAGUUCAGAGGGCUUCUAUCGCACUGGCAUUAUGUGCGAUGUUGUGCAGCAUGCCAUGUUGAUUCCUGUCCUAACAGGUCACCUUCGCUUUCACAAGUCACUUGACUUGCUAGAGGAGAGUAUUGGAUACCGAUUUAAAAAUCGGUAUCUCCUCCAAUUGGCGCUGACGCAUCCCUCCUAUAAGGAGAACUACGGUACCAAUCCGGAUCAUGCCCGAAACUCACUGACGAACUGCGGAAUUCGACAGCCGGAGUACGGAGAUCGCAAGAUUCACUACAUGAACACACGGAAGCGGGGAAUAAAUACCUUAGUGAGCAUUAUGUCCCGAUUUGGUAAGGAUCAUGAAACUGUUUCGAACAUAACCCACAACGAGAGACUGGAGUUCCUCGGUGAUGCUGUGGUAGAAUUCCUAAGCUCGAUCCAUCUAUUUUUUAUGUUCCCCGAACUGGAGGAGGGUGGUUUGGCCACUUAUCGGGCGGCAAUUGUCCAAAACCAGCACUUGGCACUGUUGGCCAAAAAGCUACAACUGGAAGAAUUUAUGCUGUACGCACACGGAUCCGACCUGUGCCACGAGUUGGAACUGCGCCACGCCAUGGCCAACUGUUUUGAAGCUCUAAUGGGUGCUCUUCUGCUGGAUGGAGGAAUCAAGGUGGCAGAUGAGGUGUUCACAGAUGCCCUCUUCCGGCAGGAUGAAAAACUACUGAGUAUCUGGAAGAAUCUGCCGGAACACCCGUUACAGGAACAAGAGCCACUUGGGGAUCGCAGUUGUAUUGAUUCCUACCGGGUGCUUAAGGAGUUAACUAAAUUCGAGGACUCAAUUGGAAUCAAGUUUAAGCACAUUCGACUUUUGGCUCGUGCUUUUACCGAUCGUUCCAUUGGAUUUACCCACUUGACCCUUGGGUCCAAUCAGCGACUAGAGUUCUUGGGCGACACGGUGCUGCAGCUUAUUUGCUCGGAGUACCUGUAUCGUCACUUCCCUGAGCACCACGAGGGUCACUUGUCCCUGCUACGCUCCUCAUUGGUCAAUAACCGCACACAAGCGGUGGUCUGCGAUGAUUUGGGAAUGCCUAAAUAUGCCGUGUAUGCCAAUCCCAAGGCUGAUUUGAAGACUAAAGAUCGUGCUGAUCUUCUGGAGGCCUUCCUCGGCGCCCUGUACGUGGACAAGGGUCUCUUGUAUUGCGAGCAGUUUUGCCACGUAUGUUUGUUCCCGCGACUUCAGUUGUUUAUCAUGAAUCAGGACUGGAACGAUCCUAAGUCAAAGCUGCAGCAGUGCUGCCUCACCCUUCGCACAAUGGAUGGCGGCGAGCCGGACAUCCCCUACUACAAGGUGGUGGAGGCCAGUGGUCCAACCAAUACGCGGGUAUAUAAGGUGGCCGUUUAUUUCCGCUCAAAGCGGCUGGCCACUUCAAGUGGCUCCUCAAUUCAACAGGCAGAGAUGAACGCUGCUAAGCAGGCGCUCGAGAAUUCGAGAGACCUGUUUCCCCAGCUGGAUCACCAAAAGCGCGUGAUCGCCAAGAGCAUAAAGAAACAAACGGGCAACGAGUUGGACAACGAAAGUGAUCGGCAGCACCAAGAGGAAAAGAUCAAGCGGCCCAAAUAUGCGGCUCCGCUUCAGGAUGAGAGCCAUCUUCCUAAGCAAUAUCGCAUGCACGAGAACAUUUCAAGCGACGAGUUGCCGGAAGACGAAGAAUUUGAAAGCACUGCUCCCAAGAGCCCAACAAUGCCCUUAAAAAGCAACAGAAGUGGGAAUAGCAGCAGCAGCAGCAGCAACAGCAGUAGUGAUAGCGAUGGAUCAAUAUCUGCUCCGAAGUGCAAACGACGAUUAAAGAAUAGUUCCUCAGUAUCUUCGCAAACUUCAUUGGGAUAAACAGCUUCGUGGAUGCUAUAGAAGUAGGGUCCCAAGUUUAGUAAGAGUAUUGUAGGGACGGCGUGAAAAUGUUAUGGGUUAUCUUAAUAAAGCGACAAUAUAAAAAAUACCAUUAUUUUGAUGCUUCAAAUAUUGUCCUUAAAAAAAAUUUCCCCUUUCCUACCAGGGUAUUUAACUUUCUAAGCAAAGAUUACUUUGUCUCUGGCGUUU